UUCUCAGCUGGGAACCAGUGUGCACUCCAUUUUGGCGGUAAAAUAAAAACGUGUUUAUUGUGGCGCCCCUAUAAAUAGGCGAUCCUCCCUCCCGCUCAAUCAUCAAUACACAACACAAGAGAACACAUACAUUUACUUUUUCCUACAAACAAACACUACUAGUCUAUUUCCUCCACACAUUCUUCUUCUUCGAUGGCCAACAAUGGAGAAAUCGAAACUCUUAAUACCCAAGUUUGCAUAAUCGGAAGCGGCCCCGCCGCCCACACCGCCGCCAUCUACGCAGCCCGGGCCCAGCUGAAACCCAUCCUCUUCGAAGGAUGGAUGGCCAACGACAUCGCCCCCGGUGGCCAGCUCACCACCACCUCCGAUGUCGAGAAUUUCCCUGGAUUUCCCGACGGCAUUCUCGGUAUCGAGCUUAUGGAUCGAUGUCGUGCCCAGUCUAUCCGUUUCGGCACUGAGAUCUUCACCGAAACUGUGAACAGAGUUGAUUUCUCAUCGCAUCCGUUUCGUGUUUUUACUGAUUCCAAGAAAGUGGUGGCCGAUACUGUGAUUAUUGCCACGGGAGCUGUGGCCAAGAGGCUAAGCUUUCCGGGAUCAGGAGAUGGGAAAGGGGGGUUCUGGAAUAGAGGCAUUUCUGCUUGUGCUGUUUGUGAUGGGGCUGCUCCGAUCUUCCGGAAUAAGCCUCUGGCGGUCAUUGGCGGAGGCGAUUCCGCUAUGGAAGAGGCCAAUUUCUUGACCAAGUAUGGAUCCAAGGUUUAUAUUUUGCAUAGGAGGGAUGUGUUUAGGGCCUCUAAAAUUAUGCAGAACAGGGCCUUGAAUAAUCCCAAGAUUGAGGUUGUGUGGAAUUCCGAGGUUGUGGAGGCCUAUGGUGGUGGAGAGAAGGGGAAUUUGGCUGGAUUGAAGCUCAGGAAUGUUGUUACCGGGGAGCUUUCCGAUUUGGAGGUUUCGGGUUUGUUUUUUGCUAUUGGGCAUGAGCCUGCUACAAAGUUUUUGGAUGGCCAGUUGGAGUUGCAUUCGGAUAAGUAUCUUGUCACCGAGCCAGGGACUACCAAGACCAGUGUCAAAGGGGUUUUUGCUGCCGGGGAUGUUCAGGAUAAGAAGUAUAGGCAGGCCAUUACUGCUGCUGGAAGUGGAUGCAUGGCAGCAUUGGAGGCGGAACAUUUUUUGCAAGAGCUUGGAGCUCAACAGGGUAAGAGUGACUAAAGGACGUGCUGAUAAACUUCCCAGCAAGUUGCGUGGACUCUGGAUCUUCUUCACUUUCAUAUCUAUACAAUAUUUUAGCAGCUAAACAUUCAUGUGUGUGGUGGUUGCUUGCAGUGUGAUGUAUUAGAACAUAUAUAAAUGAAUUUGUAAUCGGUACUUUUCCUUGUUCGUCGUAUGCUACUGAGAUUUGUGUUGUUUAGUCGUUUUCCAGUCCUUUUCCAUCGACAAGCUUAUUAGUGUCUUCUGCCUUUAUCAAAGGCAAAAGAAGAUGUAACUUGUUGGAAUGAUAUGUAGUGCUAGAUAAAGUUCAGUGAAUGAUCAGUGUGACAGUAUAGACCUCUUGUUUAAA